AUGUUUAACCAGAACAUGCUGUGCGCUUUAUAUGAAUUUUCGCCACAAAAAGCUAACCAUAAUUAUUUAUCCCCAGAAAAAAAAAUAAAUGGAAACAAUAAUCUCGAAAUGGGAUUAAUUGUGCAGAGCAAUUUUAAAGUCUACCUCUACACAAAUUCAACAUUGAAAAUAAAUAUUCUCAGUCAUUUAUGUGAAUUACAGGCAAGGACCCCAAACAUGGUAGUAGGUAUUUUAACCAGAAGGAGUGUGCUAAAUGCAUAUAACUCAGACAUCACUGCAAAUCAAAUUAUUAAAUUUUUGGAGUCCUAUGCUCACCCAGGCAAAAGCAAUUUUAAAAGCUCCAUACCUGUUAAUGUUAUUACCCAAUUGAAACUGUGGGAAUCGGAACGACAUAGAUUAACACUUGACGAUGCCAUCGUCUUUAAGUCUUUUGAAAAAGAAUUCCUCCCUCACCUGUAUCAGCAAAUCGUGGUCUGGGCUAAUAGUAAAAAUUACCUAUUGCAUUAUACACCCUGGCCAAAAAAUGCCAACUCCCCAGAAUUCGACGCUUGGAUGAAGUCGGAAAAGUACCUCUGCUGCAUUUACGAUUCCAAAAAUGAAAUCAUCGAUAAGAUUAAGGAGAUUAGGGAGAAACUCAUGAAGAAGCGCCAAAACGCAUAG